AUGUAUUUUAUUGCAGUAGAUCUGUGCAUUGAAGAGACCCCAAAGACUUGGAGAGAAGCGUCAGAAAGCUGUAACUUGGUAAUCUCCAACACAACUCUCCGCGUCGGUGUUCCCAUUACUGAUAUCCCUGCUCCGACCUUCAGGUCUGCACAAGUUCACUGGAUAGGGGCAACAGGAACAUUCACACCAUGGUUUGAACUAGCAGAUGACUUAUUGGGCGAGUGUCUGAUGGAGACAAACGAAGGAAACAAGUCAUAUCCUUGUGAUUCAGCAGAUAUUACACAAAGCACAUGGGUACAAAGACAUCAAAAUAAUAUAUAUAACAGCAGUCUUCCACGAUGGAGCCCUUACGUACGACGAUUAAUUAUAAACUGGAGGAAUG